AAGCCACACCAGUGAUGUUUUUUACCGCUAAUUUCACAGCACUAAACAGGUUUAUUCUUUAUUGACAGACAAACCUGUGGUCCCAUGAAGACGUGUUAAUCACCGGAAACACAACAGAGACAGAUAUGGAGGAGAAAGAGGAUGAGGAGGAUUCAUCUCCUGAAGAGUACUUUGCUCGGUGUAGUUUCACUGGAAGCGACAGUGAUCAGUUGACUUUCAGCAGCGGGGACAGGCUGCUUGUGCAUGUGAAGACCUCCUCAGACUGGUGGUGGGCAGAGCUGCGAGGGGUCAAAGGUUACGCCCCUGCCUCUCACCUGAGGCAGGGUGCAACAAUAGAGGGUGCAACUGAGGAGGAGGAGGACGCCUCCCUGGAGGACCCGUGGCAGGACGAGGAAUACUUCGGCAGUUAUGGGACACUGAGGCUUCACUUGGAGAUGCUGUCAGACAAGAGCCGCACUGAGGCGUACCAGCAGGUUGUUCUCAGCAACAGUGCUUCUCUGAGAAGUAAGGUGGUGAUGGACCUCGGCUGUGGGACUGGCAUCAUAAGCCUGUUCUGUGCUCAGCUGGCACAGCCUUCAGUGGUGUAUGCUGUAGAGGCGAGCUCCAUGGCCGAGUACACCAGACAGCUGGUGAAGCAGAAUGGAUGUGAGGAGGUCGUCACGGUACUGCAGGGGCGAGCUGAGGACAUCGAGCUGCCUGAGCAGGUGGACAUCCUGGUGUCUGAGUGGAUGGGGAACUGCCUACUGUUUGAGUUCAUGGUGGAGUCAGUCCUGCUGGCCAGGGACCGCUGGCUGAGGGAAGGUGGUGUGAUGUGGCCUUCCUCUGCAGCCCUCACCCUGGUACCGUGUCAGGCCAACAGCUAUUUUGCAGAGAAAAUGGCCUUCUGGGAGCAGCCCUAUGGCCUUGACUUCACCCCCCUUCAGCCUUUGGCACAGCAGGAGUUCUUCACCAAGCCCAAGUUCAGCCAUCUCAUUGAGCCCGACGACUGCCUCUCCACCCCCUGCGAUGUCAUCUUCCUGGACAUGUACACUCUGAAAGUCAAAGAUCUGGAGGAAAUUGAGGGUCAGUUUCAGUUUUGCGUGAAGAAGUCUGGUUUUUUCCAUGGAUUCACCGCAUGGUUCACUGUUUCCUUUGAGAGCCUGGGGGAAGAAGGUGCAGCAGUGGAGUUGAACACCGGACCUGAGUCUGAGCCAACACAUUGGAAGCAGACUUUGUUCAUGCUCGACAGGCCAGUCAGUGUGCAUACUGGAGACUCCAUCAGUGGAAGUGUUCUUCUGCGCAGGAACCCUAUUUGGAGGCGCCACAUGACCGUUACCCUGCACUGGAAGAUCAACAGCAGCAAACAGGAAACAGACAACUGCCAGGUCGGAACAAAGAGUUUCCCCAUGUGGAGGUGACAACUUAUCACCAUUUCUGCCAGCAGUGGAUGUCCACAGAAAAUCUCUUGAGUUUAGGGUCAGUAAAGUAUAACUUGUAAACUGCUGCUGGACUGGACUGAAAUGUGACUUUCAUUUGAUAAUGAAAGUAGCAGUCAAAGGAGCCUCAUCUGGUUGGACAUGAAGUUGUACUAUUUUAAGUCUGAUGGCUACAGGUCCAGGUGGUACAGCGCUCCAUGAACUGUGCCAAGAGGAAAUGAGCAGAAGAAGUUGUUAUAUGCUCAUAAUAAACUGUGGAGGAAUACUAACCUGGACUUAAAAGAGGCUUUAUAGACAGACUCCUUAGUCAUCAUUUGUUAACCAAAUUAAAUUGUUUCUGAAAGAUAUUUGUGAUCUCAAGGUGCAAAAAGAAAUGAAUGAAACUAAGUUUUUAUGGCCAUUUUAGUCACUGUGCAUUGUGCUCUAUAAUACUCAUUUCAUUUACAUUGUCAUUUGUAUGAGUGCUACACAUGCCAAAAAGUUUGUAUGGAUAUAAAAAAACAAAACAGAUUAACCAUAAUUAAAAAUGAUAUUACAUGUUUCUCUAUAUUAAAGUGAACAAAGUGCAACUAUGAAAAAAAUGUUAAUUGCCAAAUAUCAAUUAAAAAACAAAUGGAGUGA